UCCCUCUCUCUCCAUAUAAGUUCCCCAAGACCUUUAUUUUUCCCUUAUUCGCCAACCGUGUUGAGAGAGAAAAAGCCCAACCCUAACACAAACACAAGCCUUCGCCCUCUUCAAUGGCUCGUACAAAGCAGACCGCCCGGAAGUCCACCGGUGGCAAGGCCCCCCGGAAGCAGCUCGCCACCAAGGCGGCGAGGAAGUCGGCGCCGACCACCGGCGGAGUGAAGAAGCCCCACCGUUACCGUCCAGGAACCGUUGCCCUUCGAGAGAUCCGGAAGUAUCAAAAGAGCACGGAGCUGCUGAUAAGGAAGCUGCCGUUCCAGAGGCUGGUGCGUGAGAUCGCGCAGGACUUCAAGACAGAUCUGAGGUUCCAGAGCCACGCCGUCUUGGCCCUCCAGGAGGCGGCCGAGGCCUACCUCGUCGGUCUUUUUGAGGACACCAACCUUUGCGCCAUCCACGCGAAGCGCGUAACAAUAAUGCCGAAGGACAUUCAGCUUGCUCGCCGCAUCCGUGGAGAGCGUGCUUAGAUCGUGCUGCUUUCCUUAAUAUUUUGGUUCUUAGUGUUAUCAGAUCUGUCAACUGCUUGGACUAAUCUUAUUUUGGUUUAGAGGUAUAAUGGUUAUUUUUAGUACCUAUUUAAUGACCCAGUUCUGAUGUAUAUUCUUGGAUCAAAAUCUUGAAAUUUGGAAUUAUGGACAAGGAUUUGGUUAA